AUGCUAGCUACAGAUGAGGCUAGAAGGAUCAUCGCCGCACACCGAUCUCUACCAGCAAUGGUCAAUCAGUACCGCGAAUCAGAGGCAAGCGUGCGCAAUCUGAUCGAUGCGGACAAGGAUCAAUCAGCUCGUUCGUUUUGCAACAAGAUGUUCGAUAUGGCCAAAUUUCCAUCAGACGACCGCGUGUACCGCAAGCGAUAA